AUGACUUCUGACUGUCCCCCAACAUGCUGCUCUUCCGAGGCCUCUGCUGAGGUUUCUGAUGGUGUAACUGCUUCAGCCUGUUUGGUGGAAACCACUUGUCUCCCCAGCGCCUGUGCUAUGUCCAGGUGCCAGACCCCUAGUUUCCUAUCCCGGCCUCUCUUGCCUACCAGUUGCCUGGUGCCAUGCUACCUUGCUGGGAGCUGCCACAUCCCGUGCUUGAUGGGGAGCUGUGCCUGGUGCAAGGACAGGGAGUUCAACAGCAAUGAGAAGGAGACCAUGCAGUUCCUGAAUGACAGACUUGCCAACUAUCUGGAGAAGGUGCGCGGCCUGGAGGAGAUGAACGCAGAGCUGGAGUGCAGGAUCCGAGAGCAGUGUGAAGCGGACGUCCCCUUGGUGUGCCCCGACUAUCAGGGUUACUUCAACAUCAUCGAAGAUCUCCAACAAAAGAUUUUGUGCACGAAAGCAGAGAAUUCUAGACUUGCUAUCCAGCUUGACAACUGCAAACUGGCGGCUGAUGACUUUAGGUCAAAGUACGAGUCUGAACUGUCUCUUCACCAGCUGGUAGAGACCGACAUUGGUGGCCUGCGCAGGAUCCUGGACGAGCUGACCUUGUGCAAAGCCGACCUGGAGGCCCAUGUGGAGUCCCUGAAAGACGAUCUCCUUUGCCUUAAGAAAAAUCAUGAAGAGGAGGUCGACUUGCUGCGGGGACAGCUUGGUGACCGACUCAAUGUGGAGCUGGACAGUGCCCCCAUCAUCGACCUCAACAGGGUCCUGGAUGAGAUGCGAUGCCAGUAUGAAACAGUGCUUGCCAACAACCGCAGAGAUGUGGAAGAAUGGUUCGCUGUCCAGAUGGAGGAGCUGAACCAGCAGCAGCUGUCCAGCGCAGAACAGCUGCAGGGCUGCCAGACGGAGAUCCUGGAACUGAAACGCACAGCCAAUGCUCUGGAAAUUGAGCUCCAAGCACAGCAAAGCCUGACAGAAUCUCUGGAAUGCACCAUGGCAGAGACUGAGGCCCAAUACAGCGCCCAGCUGGCCCAGAUACAGUGCAUGAUCACCAACGUGGAGGCCCAGCUGGCGGAGAUCCGCUGCGACCUGGAGCGGCAGAACCUGGAGUACCAGGUGCUGCUGGACACAAAGGCCCGGCUGGAGUGCGAGAUCAGCACGUACCGGGGCCUGCUGGAGAGCGAGGACUGCAGGCUUCCCUGUAACCCAUGCUCUACAACAAGUACAUCAAGCAACACAUGUGAGCCGUGCUCAGCAUAUGUCCUUUGCACAGUCGAAAACCACUGUGUGUGA